UUCGUAUAAAAAAACUGUUUUCGGUUUCCGAUCAUCAUUGAGACAAAUGAAGGUCUUGGCUAUUUUAUUUUUGGUGGUGGCAGUAAGUGCCAAGCACGAGAAGUACUUAGGAUGGAAAUCCUACUACUUAGGACCUUCAACACCAGGUCAAAUGAAAGCCAUCGGCCAACUAAUAUCUGAGUAUGACGUCGAUGUUCUGGGCCACCCCGUCAUAGGAUAUGAGGGUGUUGCCUUGGUGAAGCCUGAAGUACAUGAUGCUUUCCUGGAAGCCCUUCAGAUGGAAGGAAUUGCUUAUAGGGUUCACAGAGACGAUGUGAAAGCUGCCCUUGAUCAAGAUGACGUACUUAUUGAGCGAAGAAGACGGGAGAAUGUUGCAAGAGGUGGAAGGGAGAUGCCUUACGACAACUACCAACCUUUAUCUGUGAAUAAGAUAUUUCAUUCUAGAGAAUGGGUUACAGUUCCGGUAGUCACAUACGCCAUUCACAAAUUAGUUGAAGACGUAACCGAACCAGAUUUGUUGGAGAGAUUCGAUUUCGUCAUCCUGCCUGUCGUCAACCCAGAUGGAUAUGAGUUCAGUUAUAAUUCUGAACGCUUUUGGCGUAAGACUCGGUCAACCGACACGCACGCCUCCAGUUCCCGAUGCCCUGGCGUCGACGGCAAUCGAAACUACGACUUUUUCUGGAACACCGUUGGCGUGAGCCCUUCUCCUUGCGACGAUAUAUACCCUGGAAACCGCCCGUUCUCCGAAAUCGAGACUCGAGUCGUUCGUGACAUAAUCGACGAAUAUCUACAUCGAAUGGCAUUGUAUUUAACUAUGCAUAGUUUUGGCAGUAUGAUUUUGUACCCAUGGGGACACGAUGGAACACUAUCUAAUAACGCCUUCGCUCUUCACACCGUCGGUAUAGCUAUGGCUGAUGCGAUACAUGAUCAUCAGUUACCACAUUAUCAGCCCUACACUGUCGGCAAUGCAGCACUGGUGUUGUGGUAUGGAGCGUCGGGUGCUGCAGAAGAUUACGCUCAUUUGGUUGGAGUACCAUUAUCGUACACGUAUGAGCUGCCUGGGUUCAGUGGGACGUGGGAUGGGUUCCAUUUGGCCCCAAGUGCCAUUGAGCAGGUGGCAAAGGACACAUGGGAAGGAGUCGCGGUUGGCGCGAGAAGGGCCGGCGAUUUGUUUGUGACGCUCAAAAAGUGAAUAAAAUUGAAUGAAAAAUUAA